GAGGUCAUAUCAUAGCAUAGGCGAUCUGUCAAAUGCUGGAAAUCCAAAACAAAUUCUGUCGUCGAAAUCAAGUCGAAAUUCACUAAAUAACUUAAAAAAAUGGGUCUCUUUGGUAAAUCUCCGGAGCGAAACCCAAAGGAAAUGGUAAACGAAUGGUCACAUAAACUUCGAAAAGAAGGCUAUAAUUUGGACAGACAAAUUAGAGCGAUACAAAGAGAGGAGGAAAAAAUCAAACGAUCCUUGAAGGAAGCAGCACAGAAGAGUGAUAAACAAGUGUGUACAAUACUGGCAAAGGAGAUUAUAAGGUCAAGGAAGGCGAUCAGCAAAAUCUACACGAGUAAAGCACAUUUAAAUUCAGUUCAGAUGCAGAUGAAGAAUCAAUUAGCAACUUUAAGAGUGGCUGGAUCACUGCAGAAAUCAACAGAGGUGAUGCAAGCAAUGCAAGCGCUGGUCCGGCUGCCUGAGGUGGCUCACACCAUGCAGGAGAUGAGCAAGGAGAUGAUGAAAGCUGGCAUCAUCGAGGAGAUGCUGGAUGAGACCAUGUCCAACAUAGAGGACGAGGAGGAAAUGGAGGAGGCGGCGCAGGGGGAGGUUGAUAAGGUGCUAUGGGAGCUGACGCAAGGCAAGCUGGGCGAGGCGCCGGCGCCGCCGACAGCCGUGGGCGCUCCGUCCACCAGCCGCCAGGAGGAGCCCGACGAGACAGAACUCGACGAGAUGCAGUCGCGGCUCGAGGCGCUGCGCUCUUAGGAUACAAGGUACGAAGAAAUGAAUCCUCUGCGCCGAUACAACUUUACGGGUUCGCGUUGGGAAGAUGCCUUAAGAAUAUUUUGUAAAUAAUUGUUGUACAUUAAGUUCGCACUAGAUCGUCUUAUAUACUGUAUUGUUGUUAUAUACUUAAGUAUUUUGUGCAUUUCAAAUUGCUUGGUCUGGUAAUGUAAUUAUAUAGUACUUUUACUUUUAAACCCGCUUCGCAUAAUAUUGGUAUUAGAUUUAUUCGAAGAAUUUAAAACUAAGAUUUUAGUACAGUUUGAAACUAGAAUUUUUGCAUCUUACGGUUGAAUAAAAUAUGUGAAGUUGAGGAUCUGUUAAAUUUUAUGGAGAUUUUCCACUGAAGACGUAUAAUUUUGCUGUUUAUAUGUAUAGCUGUUGUAUUAACAUUUAUAUAAAAUGCUAAACUAAAAUCUGCGAAUGUUUAUACUGCAUUGAAUUUGAAUAAAUAAUGCACUAAUAUAAAAUAGGUA